UGGAAGGUGACACCCUGCUCUUGCUUGCUCUCUCACAGGGUUACUCAACCCAGAAUGACAUGGAUUCAGCUGCCACAGCCUGCUACUAAUACCUGCGUUUCCUUUUCAGAUCUUACAGGUGAACAAGGUGAUGUCCAUCUUGUUUUAUGUGAUAUUUCUCGCGUAUCUCCGUGGCAUCCAAGGUAACAACAUGGAUCAAAGGAGUUUGCCUGAAGACUCACUAAAUUCCCUGAUUAUUAAGCUGAUCCAGGCAGAUAUUUUGAAAAACAAGCUCUCCAAGCAGAUGGUGGACGUUAAGGAAAACUACCAGAGCACCCUGCCCAAAGCAGAAGCCCCCCGAAAGCCGGAGCAGGGAGAGCCCGCCAAGUCGGAGUUCCAGCCAGUGACUGCAAUGGACACAGAACUCCUGCGGCAACAGAGACGCUACAGCUCGCCCCGGGUCCUGCUGAGUGACAGCACCCCCUUGGAGCCCCCUCCCUUGUAUCUCAUGGAGGAUUACGUGGGCAACCCCGUGGCGGCCAACAGAACGUCGCGGAGGAAGAGGUACGCAGAGCACAAGAGUCACCGAGGUGAGUACUCGGUAUGCGACAGCGAGAGCCUGUGGGUAACCGACAAGUCCUCGGCCAUCGACAUUCGGGGACACCAGGUCACGGUGCUGGGGGAGAUCAAAACCGGCAACUCUCCCGUCAAACAAUAUUUUUAUGAGACGAGAUGUAAAGAAGCCAGGCCUGUCAAAAACGGUUGCAGGGGGAUUGACGAUAAACACUGGAACUCUCAGUGCAAAACGUCCCAAACCUACGUCCGCGCACUGACGUCAGAAAACAAUAAACUUGUAGGCUGGCGAUGGAUACGGAUAGACACCUCCUGUGUGUGUGCCUUGUCGAGAAAAAUUGGAAGAACAUAAAUUGGCAUCUCUCCCCAUAUAUAAAUUAUUACUUUAAAUUAUAUGAUAUGCAUGUAGCAUAUAAAUGUUUAUAUUGUUUUUAUAUAUUAUAAGUUGACCUUUAUUUAUUAAACUUCAGCAACCCUACAGUAUAUAAGCUUUUUUCUCAAUAAAAUCAGUGUGCUUGCCUUCCCUCAGGCCUCUCCCAUCUGUUAAACCUUAUUUUGUGACCCGGCUCUCAGGAGCCGUUCUGCCCCUCUGUAAAAUCUGUGUACACCAGUAUUCUGCAUUCAGUAUUGUCAAGGC